ACCCACCACAAAGAACCCUUUCUUCUUCUCUUCCAAUAUCGUUCGUUUCCACAGAGAGAGAGAAAGAAAAGAUGCUUCUCAAAGCUGCUGCUGCUUCAACUUUCUCACUCUUGAACAUUCAUGGAGAGAAGACUCCUCUCUUCUCUUCGGUUUCUUCUGUAAAACCCGGAAACCUCUCGUUCGCUCUCCGUGCUAGUACCAAGGGUUCAUCAACCACCGCAAGCACGUUGAGCGGCGUUGUGUUUGAGCCGUUCGAAGAGGUGAAGAAAGAGCUAGAUCUUGUUCCUUCUGGUCAACAGUUUUCUCUUGCUCGUCAAUUGUACUCCCCUGAGUGCGAAGCCGCUGUUAACGAACAGAUCAAUGUGGAGUAUAACGCAUCCUACGUUUACCACGCUCUCUAUGCGUAUUUUGAUCGUGAUAACGUUGCCCUCAAGGGUUUCGCCAAAUUUUUCAAGGAUUCAAGUGUUGAAGAGCGAGAGCACGCUGAGCUGUUGAUGGAGUAUCAGAACAAGCGUGGUGGAAGGGUGAAGUUACAACCCAUGGUGCUCCCUCAGUCUGAGUUUGAUCACCCUGAGAAAGGAGAUGCUCUCUAUGCUAUGGAGCUUACUCUCUCAUUGGAGAAGCUAGUCAAUGAAAAGCUCCUAAACCUGCACAGUGUGGCUUCCAAGAACGAUGAUGUCCAGUUGGCAGAUUUUAUUGAGAGUACGUACCUAAACGAACAGGUGGAAGCUAUUAAGAAAAUCUCAGAAUAUGUUUCUCAACUUAGGAGACUCGGCAAAGGACAUGGAACAUGGCAUUUCGAUCAGGAGCUUCUUCGUGCUGCUUGAUCGAUUUUUUUAGCUGUAACCUCGCAGUUCGGUUUAACUUUCGAGUUAUUUUGAGUAUGCUGCUGAGAUGUAACUUUGUGAGGGUAGACUUGAUUUAAUAUCUGUUCCUUUGUGAGAGAAAACAAGCUAUUAUGUUUCUUGGGUUAACCUUCUUUUUAUUUUCCAAUAUUAUGUUCCUAAUAUAUCAGUUUCCUUUAGAACGUUUCACAUCAACCAUUGUUUUAUGAUAUACACUUUUAUUA